GAAAUGGUACCGUUGCUGCCGAGGCCACAGUUGUCGCUAUUGUCGUCCUUCAUCGCUGCCCCCUUUCGACGAAGUGUUGUUUCAACCGAUUUGUGUGCUGACUUGUGCGUGAUCCAAAGGCGUGGAGCCGUGCUUACUUCUACUAUUCUAGCUGUUGUUUCCCUGAUGUUCUGUCAAGCGCAAUCCGCGUGGGUGACCCGCCGACUCGUCGCGGAUGACACCACCUCUGCAGUAGCGACCAAUGUUAAGCUUACGACAACAAACAGUUCGGCGACGAAUUCCGACAUGAAGAAGAUGCCUCCUCUUUCUCGCCAGCAGCAGUAGCCACUUGGCUCACGCUGAACGCCAACGUCAUGGCAAGCAGGCCGUUGCUAGUCAUUGAAAACUAGUAACAUAGCAGACAUCUCGCCAUUGGACCUGGAUCCUCGACACCAGGUUAACCAACCAACGUGGUCUCAACGUGGUCCAACUCGACUCAAUAUAAAGAUACUAGCGAGACUUAGGCAGACACACUGACUUAACGUUGACGCGAGCCUCCUCGCAGGAGAAGGAGGACUGAACUGUCAGAGAUGAAUUGGUACUGGGUAGCAGCAGCCGGAAUGCUGCUGAGUCUGUCGGUUGGGGUGACGGCCGUGGUGCUGCAGAGAUUCUAUUUCCAGUAUGCCCUCAUAGAUAUCAUGGCCAUCAUUGGUUUUAUGAUCUUCACGUCUACACUCGUGUCGCUCAUCCUAACUCGGCUCGGAUUCGCGUUCAAACGUCUGCUGGCUCGUUCACAAUGGGCGGACAUGCUUGGAAUUAUCACGUUCCGCAACAACAGUGCCUUAAUGUCGCAGCGGCCGGCGGGAUGCUUCCCUUGUCAACCAUCGCCCACCCAGCCAGCGUUCUGUCCCGACAAUUCGGGCGACAUGCUGACGAUCUUCGAGGACUACUCGCAAUACCCUCCGCAGCCGCGGCGUUUAUUCGACACGCACCGGCUAAGUCCAACCACAUCGCCGGAAGGCGGCGUAGGGGUCGGUGCUGGUCUUGUCGGAGGCUCGCCACCAACAACAACGACGACGACAACAACAACAAAUGCCCUGCAGCCACGGGUCUGUCUUCCAGACUCGGACGAGGCGUUGCUGUACGUGGUACGAUCGAACGGGACGUUCGUGCACCUCGACACGCACAUCGUCAGCGCCAACAAUUGUUGCAACAGGCUCGCAACGGUAGGCCUAGGGCCAGAGGACCUCCCGCCACCGUAUCAUACGGUGCUCGCCGCAUUCGAGCAGGAAGAGCCACCCCCGCCAUACGGUGACGGCAUGUCCAUUACGCCCGAUGAGGUUACCGGCGAUGACAAGAAAGACAUACCAGGGCAUAAUGACGACCGGACGCCAGUCAUCAAGGAGCAGCACCAUCAGCAGCAGCAACGACAGACGCUGACGACGGGGGAGAAGCUCGGGAACGAGGCAGGCACCGACGAUCGAACAAGCUCAGGUUCAACGGAACAGCUAUCGCAUAUACAACAGCAGCAACAGGACUCUCAACCGUUCUUCUCAAGUACCGUAGUAGUUGAUGAAAAUGAUAGCGGUGAAAUGGAGCAGCAAUUGGAUUUGGCAGUACAGCGAGACCAGGAAACACCGCCACAUAUUUAAAGACAACAGCUGCAGCGAUAGGCGCUAGGUAAAGUACAAGUGGCGAUGACGACGACAGGCGGCGAUGAAGAGCGCCAUACGCCUCCAAAAAAGGCAUAGGCCAGAGGAGCGAAGCGUACACCUAAGACGGCAAACACCGUAGCAGCUGUCGAGACAAGAACAGCGACUGUCGCCAGCCUACCAACCCCCACAAUUGAGUGCUAUGAAAGGACGUGACAUUGGUGUGAGCCUCGAAUACAACGACAUGAAAAUAAGGGCUGUCGUGACUAAGUAAUGCCAAGAAAAGCUCGGCCAGACCGAGAAGAUGCAGGAAAAAUAUGGGAAAGCUGCUGGGUGCAAGUCUGUUCAGGGAAAGCAAAUAAAAAUAGAAAGAAAGGAAGGGUCAGCGUACACAGUAGCGGGAGCGGAAAGAGAUGCUGACACAAGAGAUACAACUACUAGGAGAGCGACAACAACGGAUGAACCUUUGCCCCCCAUUCGCCAGCUCCAUGGAAGAGGUAAUGAUGAUAAGAAAAAAACAGGCGAUAUUACGCAAUUCUACGUAGAGGAAAUGG